GGGAGGAGGAACGGGAAGUGACGGCCCCCGUCCCGGCGGCGGCGGUGACGGGCACGGCCGGGGCCGGCGGGGCUCCGUGAGGGACAGGGGCCGGGACCGGGAGCUCUCUGCAGCAUGGCAGAAGCAUUUGUCUCUCCACUGAAGCACUUUGUGCUGGCCAAAAAGACCAUCACUGCCAUCUUCGACCAGCUGCUGGACUAUGUCACUGAGGGAGCAGCCUUUGUGGAAGCCACAUACAAGAACCCAGAGCUUGAUCAGAUAGCAACGGAAGAUGAACUAGCAAAAAUCCUAGAAUAUAAAAAAAAGCUGGCAGUCAUUGGAGAGGUGCUCUCACGGAGACACAUGAAAGUGGCAUUUUUUGGCAGAACAAGCAGUGGGAAAAGUUCAGUCAUUAAUGCAAUGCUGUGGGAUAAAGUACUUCCCAGCGGGAUUGGCCAUACAACAAACUGCUUCCUCAGUGUGGAAGGGACUGAUGGAGAUAAGGCUUAUCUUAUGACAGAAGGAUCAGAUGAAAAGAAGAGUGUCAAGACAGUCAAUCAGCUGGCUCAUGCACUUCACAUGGAUAAAGAUUUGAAGGCUGGCUGUCUCGUCCAUGUCUUUUGGCCCAAGUCAAAGUGUGCCCUGCUGAGAGAUGAUUUGGUUAUAGUGGACAGCCCUGGCACAGAUGUCACUACAGAACUGGACAGCUGGAUUGACAAGUUCUGCUUAGAUGCUGAUGUGUUUGUGCUGGUUGCCAAUUCUGAAUCAACUCUCAUGAACACGGAGAAACAUUUUUUCCAUAAAGUGAACGAACGUCUUUCCAAGCCAAACAUCUUCAUCCUCAAUAAUAGAUGGGAUGCCUCUGCAUCAGAACCAGAGUACAUGGAAGAUGUGCGUAGGCAGCACAUGGAGCGCUGUCUGACUUUCCUGGUCGAUGAGCUCAAAGUGAUUGAUCCUGUAGAAGCAAGGAAUCGCAUCUUUUUCGUUUCAGCAAAAGAAGUUCUGAGUGCCAGGAGACAAAAGGCCCAAGGAAUGCCAGAGGGUGGUGGAGCACUUGCUGAAGGAUUUCAAACAAGAUUCCAGGAAUUUCAGCAUUUUGAGCAGAUAUUUGAGGAGUGUAUCUCGCAGUCAGCCGUGAAAACCAAGUUUGAGCAGCACACUAUCAGAGCUAAACAGAUAAUAGAUACUGUGAAAAACAUUAUGGACACCAUAAACGUGGCAGCAGCAGAGAAAAGAGUCCAUUCCAUGGAAAAGCGAGAGGAUCAGAAGGACAGGCUGGACUUCGUUCGAAAUCAGCUGAACAUUUUGACAGAAGACACCAAGGAAAAAAUCAGACGCGUUACGGAGGAAGUCGAAAGCAAAGUCUCCUCUGCCAUGACUGAUGAGAUUUGCCGGCUUUCAGUUUUAGUUGAUGAAUUUUAUUCUGAUUUUCACCCUUCUCCUCAAGUACUGAAACUCUAUAAGACAGAACUGAACAAACACAUAGAAGACGGUUUGGGAAAGAACCUGGCUGAGCGCUGCUCCAGUGAAGUCAACCAGUCAAUGCACCAGUCCCAGCAGGAGAUGAUUGAAAAUCUGAAGCCAUUGUUGCCUUCUAGUGUUCAGGAUCAGAUCCACUUGCUAAUUCCAUGCAGGAAGUUUGACCUUAGCUAUGAUCUAAACUGUCAUAGCCUGUGUGCAGAUUUUCAAGAGGAUAUCAUGUUCCACUUUUCUUUGGGAUGGACUUCUCUUGUAAACCGUUUCUUGGGUCCUAAACAAGCUCAGAAAGUACUCCUGGGAUUAGCAGAUCCAAACGUACAUAUCCCUGGUCCUUUAGCCAGCACCCCGUCUGCCGCCAGCCUUCCUGCCAUAACUCCUGAGAGCGUGCCCCAGGAUGACUUUAUGGUUCCUUUGGUGUUGAGUUUAGCCUCGCUGACCUCCCGGACCUCCAUGAGCAUCAUCGUUGUUGGUGGAGUGAUUUGGAAAGCCAUAGGCUGGAAGCUGAUCUCGCUCUCCCUGAGCAUGUACGGGCUGCUGUACCUGUACGAGAGGCUGACCUGGACCACCCGUGCCAAGGAGAGAGCCUUCAAGCAGCAGUUUGUGAACUACGCCACCGAGAAGCUGCAGAUGAUCGUCAGCCUCACCAGUGCCAACUGCAGCCACCAGGUGCAGCAGGAAAUGGCCACUACUUUUGCUCGGCUCUGUCAGCAGGUGGACAUUACUGAGAGAAACCUGGAAAAAGAAAUAGCUAGGCUUUCCAAAGAAAUAGAUCAGCUGGAGAACAUACAGAGCAGCUCCAAGCAGCUCAGAAAUAAAGCCAUUCACCUUGAGAACGAACUAGAUCGCUUCACAAAACACUUUCUUCAAAAGAGUAAAUAAAACAUCAUUGUGAA